UGGAAACAUUUCAAUAAAUUCGGGCUACUUGAAGCGUUUUGAAGCAAUUAAAAUUGAAAUUCCGGUGAUCUGCAAAUUAAUUGUUUGGUUCAGUUGGUUCAUGUUGAUGCCUCUUCCUACUUAUUUGUACUCCUCCGCUGAAAAAAGGAUUCAGUGGUGGUGGUGGUCUUCGGUCGGUGGUGGUCGUGUUUUGCUAUUGCUCAUUGCAUCCCAUUGUAUUUGUGUCUUGUGGCAAAACUAUUGGAGGAAUGGAGACUUCUUGAUCGUCGUCGUCCUCAUUCAUUCAUCACUUCACAUAUCUUCUUCACUCUGCGGCCGAUUUUAUUGUAUUGUUUCCCCAGAGGAAUUUCGGACUGUUGUUCCUCUUUCUUCAGUACUAUUAUUUCCCCCCCUUUACUUCCCGUCAAACUAUCUUUGUCAUUGGCCCAUCUGCUGUACUCCAAGUGGUCGUCGACGUCUUCUCUCCGUGUUCCUUUGCGGCACGGCUGUCGUUAAAUCGUGUCCGCAUCACCAACUAUAGCCAACAACCUGUCAAACAGUAUAAACUUUUCUUGGUCAUUGGUGAUUUGCGGACGAGAGUGUGUCGUGUCGCCGAACUGAAACUAAAUAAUUCUUGUGAAAAAGAAGUAUAAGAAUACCAUCCGAUGAUAAUUGCAUUCACUUUGCAACAAUAUAAUUUCCCUUAAUCCGAAGGAUAUUAUUUAUUACUGGAAUCUAGUUCAUAUUCGUUUACAUGUUCGAGAAUAUGUUAAUCAUAGCAAAAUUGUCCACUUGACAUUAAACGAUGACGUUAAAGGAUUCUUCUUCACAACACCAAAGAUUUGACUAAUGUUCAAUGUUAAAUAUUAAAUAUCCUCUCCGAUCUAAAUUUGGUGGUGCAAAUUCUUUAUUUCUCGGGCCGCUUAGUAUCUAUUAUAACAAUUCUGGCCCAUACGCACACACGAGUCAGCACAACACACCCACAAACAAAGAAAAAGCCACUAAUUUACCUCCUUCGCCCAAACGAAAUUGAUAUACAAAAUUGGACGCUGGAUGUUCAAUUAUUUCUCAGGCAUUCAACAGCUGAUAUUAUUAUCAGUUUGUUGAAUAAGUUGGAUUGAAGAGCUCAAUUCAAGACACUGUUUCGGCUGUCGUAAUAAUCACGGACCGACAAAAUGAGUCGAGGCACUCACCAUCCCGCUGGCACGAGUUCGGGUAGUUCAACAGUACUGAUGGUUGGUCCUAAUUUUAAAGUCGGCAAGAAAAUCGGCUCUGGAAAUUUUGGAGAGCUUCGACUGGGGAAAAACUUAUACACUAACGAACAUGUAGCCAUCAAACUGGAACCGAUGAAAACAAAGGCACCUCAACUGCAUAUGGAAUAUCGUUUCUAUCGUAUAUUAGGAUCUCAUGAGGGUGUACCGGAGGUGUAUUAUUUUGGGCCAUGUGGAAAGUACAAUGCUUUAGUGAUGGAGUUGCUGGGUCCCAGUUUAGAAGAUCUGUUCGAUCUCUGCGGAAGGCGAUUUUCAUUAAAGACUGUUCUUAUGAUUGCCAUCCAGUUGCUUCACAGAAUAGAGUAUGUACACUCUAAGCAUCUGGUGUAUCGUGAUGUGAAACCAGAGAAUUUCCUUAUUGGUCGGAGUUCCAACAAGAAAGACAAAGUCAUCCAUAUAAUUGACUUCGGUUUAGCGAAGGAAUACAUUGAUCCAGAAACCAAUAAACACAUACCAUAUAGAGAACACAAAAGUCUCACCGGUACUGCUCGAUAUAUGAGUAUCAAUACCCACAUGGGACGUGAGCAAAGUCGGAGAGAUGACUUAGAGGCAUUAGGACACAUGUUUAUGUACUUUUUAAGAGGAUCCUUGCCAUGGCAAGGACUAAAAACGUCUACAUUAAAAGAACGGUAUCAGAGGAUUGGGGACACGAAACGAGCUACUCCAAUUGAAACCUUGUGUGAUGGGUACCCAGAGGAAAUGGCUACGUAUCUUCGAUAUGUACGCAGACUGGACUUUUUUGAAACCCCAGAUUAUGAAUACCUGAGGAGAAUGUUCCAUGAUCUCUUCGAAAGAAAAGGCUAUGUAGAUGAUGGAGAAUUUGACUGGACAGGGAAAACUAUGUCGACCCCGAUCGGAUCAUUACAAACAACUCAUGAAGUGAUAUCCCCUCAUCCUAGGGAUCUACGCCAUCAAACUCACCAAUCGGCUCAUAAUAACCCACGACCUGUAAAGGGGGGAGGUGUGAUCGGUAAUAAAGAGAUUGGAUGGUCGGAUAAUAACCUUCAAAAUUGGCCGUCGUCGUCCUUGGGACACGACCUGACCCCUGGAAAUGAUCGGCACGGUUCUGUACAGGUUGUGAGCUCGACUAAUGGAGAAUUAAAUACAGACGACCCGACUGCUGGUCAUUCCAAUACGCCCAUUACCACACAACAAGCAGAACUAGAUGAAACGCCCUCGGAAACCAAAUGCUGUUGUUUAAAACGAAAAAAGAAGAAAACCUCGAGUAGACCUAAAUGACUGGAUGAUGGAGACCACUACCUCCUUCCCCCAUCAUCGGAGUAGGAUUAGUUAAUCAAAUUACUUGCAGUUUCCUCCUGAAAUAUUGUGAAUAAGCUUGAUUGCUACGUUGAACUUAAUUAUUAUUAAUUACGAUCAGACAAAUACCAAGUACUAUCGUCGAUUAACUUUUGACACACAAGGAUAAGUUAACUUUAUAAUUCUUGAUCGCCGAACUAUGUUAUGUUAGCGAAAUUCAUUUCUUACAAUUCAUUUUAUGUAGACGCAUGGUUUGUAAUUUAUGAUAAUUCCCAAUUGUUUGAAUUUAAAGUUCCGUGCUCGAAACAAACCAAAUUAAACAAUUGCUGUAUAUUGAGACGUUUCAUAAUCAAAGUGUUAAAAAAUAUAUGUAGUAGGUCAGAACAUAGAUCUGCCUUCUCUCAUAUGUCGUGUGCAAAAAAGUAAGGGAUCAAUAACGAAACGAUAUACAGUCAAUGUUUUAAAUAGUUGCAGAAAAAAGAAAAACAGGGAACUUUUGACUGAGUUAAAAUGACCAUUUAAUUUCAUAUUCUUAUAUAUUUAUUGUUGUUUGUUUGUUCGCAUCCAUCAGUCUCUAAUUAGUGCAGACGAGUUUCGUUUAUUAAGAUUUAUACCAGCAUAAUAUAGUAGUGCUUUCCUGUUGUUUGAAAUACCUAUCUACAUACAUACACACACCAUAUAAUUAUUCUACUUCACUCAUAUAGCCCACUUGAGACAGCUUAGUCGAAUUCAACUAGAAAUUUGUUGUCUGUUUCAGCGUAGUUUUUCAAACCAACCAAAAUAAAAGGCAAAGAUUAAAUCACUUGCAGUCAGUACGGCCUCAAGUUAUAAAUUUUACCAUGUUCUCAUUAUCAAGUCUAAAUGAUGGAGACCUUAUUAAAAGAGUGAUUCGAUGGUAUUAUUAUACAAUUUGUCAUUGUGGAAAGAGUAGUGCAUCCUCAUGAUUUUUUAAUGACAUUUUUCGUUAGUGAUCAUCACGGAUAACCCCGGAUUUUGGUUUGAAGAUUGCAAAAGGAACAUGUUACAAUGUUUUAUUUCUCAUGUGCAAUCUCCUAUAUAGCAAGAGCUUGAAUGUUGAUUGAUUUCUGAAACUUUGUAUGACUCGCUCUCAUUCACUUUGCUAUUCGCAUAUAUUUGUUCUGCUAAUCAACGGUUUUAACUCUCAACGUAUUAUAAAUAUAUAUAUUAUAUAGAUAUUAAUAUUAUCAGUGUUAGCCUGUCCUUCGUAUGCAUUGUCAUGAAAACAGAAGAAAAAUGGAGAUGAUGUAACACUAAUUGCGAAUACAUGUAAUAAAAAUCAUUCGAUUAUAAGUAUUACCAGAAAAUUGAAAA